UAAGAAGGCGACAUUUUGAUUUUGUGUUGUGCGUUUGCAAACCUUUCGUUUUAUAACGUAAUACAAUGGGAUCCACAAAGAAUGAUCCUGUAUCAAAUUCUUCUAAAAAUAAUGGCAAACCUUAUGGGAAAGUAUUGAUUACGUUGAAAAAUCAAUUAUUACCAGAAGAAAAACUUUCCCCAACUCCGUCUCAAAUAGAUGGUUUGAGUAGUGACACAGAAACAGAUUUACGAAUUUAUGGUUGUGAAUUAAUACAGACGGCAGGAAUAUUAUUAAAAUUACCACAGGUGGCAAUGGCUACUGGGCAAGUUCUAUUACAACGGUUUUAUUACUCAAAGAGCCUCGUGCGCCAUCCUGUUGAUCACACAGCGAUGGCUUGUGUCUGCUUAGCUUCCAAGAUAGAGGAAGCUCCGAGAAGGGUUAGAGACGUGAUCAAUGUCUUUACCCACAUACGCCAAGUUAACUCGAACAAACCCAUCACUCCCGUAAUUUUGGAUCAAAAUUAUACCCAUCUUAAGAACCUCGUAAUUAAAGCUGAAAGAAGAGUGUUAAAAGAAUUGGGAUUCUGCGUCCACAUCAAACAUCCUCACAAGAUAAUCGUCAUGUAUCUACAAGUUCUCGGUUUCCAAAAUAACCAAAAAUUGAUGCAAUAUUCGUGGAAUUACAUGAAUGAUUCGUUGAGAACUGACGUUUUUGUCCGCUACCAGCCCGAGGUUGUGGCAUGUGCCUGUAUAUAUCUCACCGCUAGGAAAUUGAAAUUGCCUUUACCAAAGAAUCCAUAUUGGUAUACAAUUUUUGGUGUUGCCGAAACGGAUAUCCGUGAUAUAUCUGUUAGGAUACUAAAAUUAUACAGUCGGCCCAAGGGCAAUAUCGAAUCUUUAGAGAAAAAAGUUGAUGAACUUUGUAAAAAGUACCAAGAUGCCAGGGCAAAGGCAAGGGGAAGUUCAGGAAACAACACACCAAAUAAUGAUUCAUCUAGUCCAAGCCAACAAAAAACUACUGGUGCUCAUAAUGCCUGGGGAGGUUUUAUUAGCCGAUCGGGAAGCCAUAUUGCACCUCCAGUCAGCGAAAAACGUUCAAGGUCUAGGUCCGCAACUCACUCUCCAGAAAAUAAGCACCGGAAAAGGUCUAAAAAGCACCGAUCAAGAAGUAGAUCUGCAAGUAGGAACCACAAGAAAAGUCACAAAAGGAAAAGCUAUUCUAGGUCUCGAAGCAACACUCCUCAUUCUAAAUCGAGAAAAAGGGACAAAAGAAGAUCGAGGUCGAACAGCAACGAGAGGGAGAAGAAUGACCGCUAUGUGGACAAGUAUGAAAAAUAUGAGAAAAAUGACAAGUAUGAAAAAGACAGGUACAAAGAUGAUAGAGAGAGAUAUUCCGAAAAGGAAAGGUACGAAGAGAAGAAAGAGAGAAAGGACAAAUAUGACAGGGAAGACAAGUACAAAGACAGAGAAGACAAGUAUUCCAGGGAGGACAGAGACAGGUAUAAGAAAUCUAGGCAUAGAGAAGAGGAAAAGGUGGAGAGUAGGUCCAAAGACAGACGAAGGUGAAAUAAAACUAAAUGAGACUAUAAAGAAACUUGUAAAUAUAUUUUAAUAAUUUUAAGUUGUUGCCCUAAGAACUUUGUUCAUUAAGGUGUUUAUAAAGUUUUAUGUAUAAAAUAUUUUUUCCAUGCAAUUCUUGUUUAAUUGAUUAUUCCUGAUAUACAUUUUACAGCUACAAUACACUAAGUUGAAUAAAUUUGAUACCAUGAAACUGAAAAUAUUGUAUCGACUCCUUGACGUAAAUAAUCAAGAAGGCACUAUUAAUCAAUAAACUUCGCAACAGAGUUAAUGAAUCAUUAAAAGUUGGUCGAAACUUUGAAGUAAAAAUUUUAAUUUUCAGUGUCACGGGACGCAAAGAAAUCCAACAUUGCGCCUCGUGAUUUACUGCCAGGGGCCUUUUGGAACAGCAGGCUGCGGCGCACUCGACGUUCAGUCCUCAGUCCGACCGCUGUUCAUUAAAUAAUCGCCGAGUUUUGCCUCGGUAGCUCACUCUCAGUCGAGACUUGCCACGAGAAGCAUC